CCGGUGCCCGGUGGUUCUAUUAUUGUGGUACACAAAAUAAAUGAACUGGAUAUACAAUUUGUAAUUUGUAAUUUAUUUAUCAGCAGAACGAAAACUUGUCAGUUACAUAAACUUUGUAUCAAGUCAAGGAAACAAUAAACAUGUUUCAAAUCUCUAGAUAUCGACGUAUUAUGAUAUUUAUAUUGGAGAAACAAAUAAGCUCUCUAAAAUCAACAUUUGUUCGCGGAUUAGCAGUGAGCGUAAUUCAAUGUUCGUCUAAACCGAAUCCCCACCAGGCUGAACUAAUGGCACGCAGUCUUCCGAAGCGAUUACCAUUAAAAGGUGUUCGCGACAUUGUUGUAGUUUCAUCCGGCAAAGGGGGUGUAGGUAAAACCACAACUGCUGUCAAUUUGGCCGUUACGCUGGCAAAUAUGGGUAAAAACGUGGGUAUUCUGGAUGGGGACAUAUUUGGUCCAUCCGUUCCUUUGAUGAUGAAUCUCGCUGAGGUCCCACUGGUAGAUGAGAACAACUUAAUGCUACCACCGGUCAACUAUGGCGUUAAGUGUUUAUCCAUGGGACUGUUGGUGGAGUCUGGCCCAGUAGUUUGGCGAGGACCACUGGUUAUGUCCGCCAUUCAACGGUUACUUAAAGGGGCUGUCUGGGGACCGCUGGAUAUUCUCGUUGUGGAUACACCUCCAGGGACGGGAGAUGUACAUUUAUCUUUAAGUCAGCAUGUUCCAAUAUCAGGCGUUUUGCUAGUUAGCACUCCUCAAAUAGCAGCCCUGCAGGUUACUAAAAAGGGAGCAGAGAUGUACAAAACGCUGAAGGUUCCAUUGAUAGGAAUAGUGGAAAAUAUGAGUCAUGUCGUGUGUGACAGGUGUGACAACCAUAUUGAAUUGUCAUCCAAUUCCACUGAAGUGUACGCACGUGAGCUUGGGCUGCAAGUGCUUGGAAGUGUCCCUAUCGAGAAGGAGGUGAUGCAGUGUGGAGACUCUGGGACACCACUUUGCGUGAAAUAUCCCGACUCGAAAUUCGCAAUCGCGUACCGUAGCAUAGGAAAAGCAGUGAUAAACUUUUUAGACAAUAAACAAUCUGCAGUUUAGGUAUUUCGAACAAUCA